AUGUCAUCCUUCCAGAUAUCCAGAACGCCGAGCAGCAUUCUCAUCUUUGGAGCAACGGGUAAGAUAGGGGUUCACCUUACCGAGUGGAUCCUCAAAGCCAGCCCCCGCUUCUCCAGGGUCUCCAUAUUCACGUCCCCCAGCACUUCAGCCGGGAAGGCUGAGCUCUUGUCCAAGUGGGAAACCGCCGGUGCGAGCAUCAUCAUCGGGGACCUGACGAACCCACAAGACGUAGCGGCUGCCUACAGGGGUGUAGACACGGUCGUUUCAGCCGUCGGGCGCAACGUACUCCAGAAGCAGAUCCAGUUGAUACGGCUUGCCGAGGAGAGCAGCAGCGUGCAGUGGUUCUUCCCAUCCGAGUUCGGGACCGACGUUGAGCAUGGACCCAAGAGCGCGGGCGAGAAGCCGCACCAGGACAAGCUCGCCGUGAGGAAAUUCAUCAAGGAAGAGAUCAGAAGGCUCCAUGUGGUGUACCUAGUCACUGGACCGUUCUUUGACAUGUGGGCCAAGUUUCUUCACGACCAGAGCAGAAAGGAGGUUCAAAUUAUUGGUGAUGGGGAGGGCAAAAUUGGGUUCUGCACCAUGCCUGAUGUGGGCAAGUUCUUGGUCGCAGCCUUGCAAAACCCUCCAGCUCUGACACCCAAAGCACUCAGAGUUCAAUCAUUCAUCACGACGCCGAACCGAGUUCUUGAGGAGUUCGAGAAGCAGACCCAGACAAAGUGGAAUGUAACCCCGGCGCCAUUGGCCGAGUUUCGCGCCAUGGAGGAGAAAAUGUGGGAGAGAAAUGAUCCGAUCGCUACGCCCAUGACUCUGCUGAGAAUCUGGGCUGAGGGUGGCACGCUUUAUGAGAGAAACGACAAUGAGCUGGUUGGGCUAGAAGCAAAGGAUCUGGAUCCGGUGGAGGUGGCAGUGGAAAGGGUCCUAACAGUACCUGUGAAGCUGUAAAAGAAGAAAAUUGACAAGGGUUUUAAGUGCCUUAAUCGGGUUAAAAGAUGAAUUACAUAGGUAGUACAAUGGUUGAGGGUUAGGAGUAGGGGCGCGCUCAUGCAGGGGUUAGCCCG